UUGUUUUUCGUCCUCAUUUCUCUCCUUUCGAUUUCCUGGAGAACACUUGACAGAGGAGGCUCGUUCGGCUUUAGGGAUUUACUGCUGUAAAAUGUUUAGAUGUUGACCGCAUUCCCUCGCUUUUGUGGACGUUUGGUCGCCCUUAUAGCGCCGCUGGAACAAUGUUCCAAAGGAUUCGCGUAAAUUUCACGGUCUUUCCAAACUGUCAUCGCACAGAAAUCUGCCGCCUCUUGGUUACUUACAGAAGGUGACGGUUUUAUGCCCACAAAGCCCUCAUGCCAGAGCCACCUUCAGGAAUGGUCGCUAGCCACACAAGUGCCCAAAACGAGAGGGUUGAAUCAGAGGUUCAUCCGAUUCAGCGGGCCCAAGCCGUUCCGUACUCAUGGGCCCCGGCUGAGGACUUGCGUUUUAUCACCACCACCUUUCAGCACCUACAUACCUCAGGCUGGUACUGGGGUGGUAUGACAGCCAGUGAGGCAAGGGAUGCCCUAAUUGGAGCAUCAGAAGGGACUUUCCUUGUCCGUGACAGCAGCCAUCCACUCUACCUCUUCACCCUGUCUGUACAGACGUGGAGAGGUCCAACUAAUGUCCGUAUUGAAUAUGACAGCGGCCAAUUCCGUCUCGAUUCCAGUUUUCCAGCCCGAUCUAGCCUGUUGUCCUUCUCUGCUCUUCCUAGCCUCGUGCAGCACUACACAUCCACGAGUCAAGAGGAGGAGAGGAUAGCAGCUGAAGAACGUCACAUGGUGUCAAAGGACAAUGGCAUCCUGCUAAAGCUCAGGAAGCCUCUGUACAGGCCUCAGGCCUUCCCGACAUUACAGCACCUCACACGCCUCACUAUAAACAGACAGACAGAUUGCCAUAAACAGCUGCCACUGCCACGGCCACUGCUGCUGUACUUGCAAGAAUACCCCUUUCAGGUGUGAGGACACUUGGGGGGAUGUUUGUGCAUUUCGGGGUGGGGACUUUUGCAAAGUCAAAAGUGUUUUAGCCAAAAUUUGCAAAUAUUGCUCCCUGGCAAAAUCAUGGGUACGUUUAUUGCGGUCAUGUAUCAGAGGUGUGCAAAUAAGGUGUGCAAAUAAAGAACUAUUUUGUGUAAAAAAAAAAAAA